AAAACCCAGACCGGGCUUCACUACCAACUUCAAUACCAUUGGACCAAAGAAGCUCCAACCUGUCACGAUCAUCUAAUUUUCAGAAAAUCUAUCAUUUCAAACAGCAGAAAAAAAAUUUCGUGAAGCAUGAAUCUACAGAAUCUACAAGAAAAAUUGAGUAUCCGUUGUCAGGGACAUCUUGGCAUACUCGUGGUUUUCCUUACGAUUGUGAUAAUGGGCACAAAUUCACUCCCCGUUUCCUCACUUAAACAGACAGUGAAAAAUGUAGAAAAACACCACCAAGUUGUUUAUGAUCGUGAUACAAACGCCAAAAGGCGGCAAGGGGACCAUUUCAAGUAUCAGCCUCGUGAUGGUGAGGCGAAUUUGACAAAAUUUAGAAAAAUGAACACGGCAAUAGAGAGCGUCCUUGACAUAAUGCCGCUUCCAGUAACAAGCAGGCGUACCAAACCACAAAGUGGUCACGUUCCUUUCCCUCCACAUCGUAGGCCAAUUGCAACAGGUCAUCCCGUCCAUACGGCCCAUCCUGUUCAUCCAAGCCACCCUGUACAUACAGACCACCCCGUACACGGUGGAGACGACGAUGUCAGCACAACUGUUGCUAUGCGAACAUCAAAAGAUCCAAAACGGUUAUCCCCUAAUCCAACAACUACUGAAACGACGAGAACAACCACAGAGGCAAUUAUCUCUCUGCCAAAUCGAACAGUAGAUUUGGGAAACAACACGUCAAUUAUCCUGUAUAUACUCCCAGCAACCACGCCCAUGCCCAGAAACGACACGUUGCCUAGCAACAUAACAGAUGACAACAAACGACAGUUUUGGCUUAAUCAAUCCCUUGUCAUGUUUAGAAAAUUCUAUGCAGUGGUGAAAGUCGGAUUCAGCUUGGAAAACAAAAACCGAAAUUUGACAAAUGCUCUAAAGAACACAACUGCGUCGUUCAUUAACUUGACAGCCGAGGAUUACCGACACAUUCCGGGAUUAGAACACGAUGAUGAUCUAUAUGACCAAUUGAAAAUUGAGCAACAUAGAAAUAUGUCGGCGGAAUACAUGAGAACUCUCUUUUGGAAACUUUAUGAUACAACACAAAAUGGUUUAACGUCAGAUGGUAUCGCUCUAUUCAACGCUCAACCCACUACCAUAGAGGACUUGGCCUAUCACUGCUGCCCGUUUGGCUGAAAUUUUUGCUUUGAGGCAAUGUAUAGAAUAG